AUGGCGAAUUCCAUCACCUCUUCCAGUGCCUCCGCGUACAAGAACGAUGAAGCGGCGAAGGAGACAGAGACGAGGAGAUGGAAGAAAUGGUUGAAGAAGGUCCUCGGGAAUCUCCCAAGAUUCUGCAUCAGUUUGUCGGGAAAACGUCUGGGAAGGAACGGACAAGAAUCCAAGAACCGCGCUCUCCGGUCUAAAGAAGAUUCUGCGUCGGAAGAGAGAGGAGGGAGGAGGAGGAGGAUCAAAGUUGUGGUGACAAGACAGCAGCUUCAGCUGUUGUUGACGAAGCAAAUGUCGGCGGAGCAACUGUUCUCCGUGUUGCGAAGAAGGAGUCUCGAGUCUCUACACGAGAGGUGGAAACCAGAGCUUGAAUUCAUCCAUGAAGGAGACGAACUUUGA